AUGAUAUAUGACCCAUGGCGUGGUUGUAGGAUCUUUCACGUAACCACUGUUACAAAAGCGCGGGAUGAGAGGAAAAGACAAGAAGCUGAACAGGCCCACGAGAAGAGCCGAAAGGUUGCACGUCUAAAAGCAGAAAAACUGGGCAACAGAGGAUUCAAUGAUCAUGACGGGGAAGGCAACGAAGACGACAUGAUUCAGGAUGAUCCAGUCAUCUUCCUAUUCAAAGAUCUUGAGGGAACUCCGGAAAAGGAAGUUCCCGCCGCAGAAGUUGAGCAAUUCGCAUCAAAGUACUAUCGAAAAGAUGGAAUGAGUAUCUACGACGUGAUAGAUCGCGAGCUGCAACCCUCUCAUUGUUAUGAAGAUGUUAUGAACGAUAAGACCAAGACGGUCGUAAUACAUUCGAGACUACUCGAAGCCAAAGGGGCUCUCAAACGUCCAUGGUCGGAGACAGACACCUGA